AAUCAUUGUUUUGAUCUUUCUUUGACAGAACAGCUCUUUUAAUUUAUUCAAAACUUGUGUUUGCGUUUUGGUCCACCGAGUGUAUAUGGGUCGUGGCUCAAUGACAUCGCUCGCUCCUGGGUUCCGUUUUCAUCCCACGGACGAAGAACUCGUUCGUUACUACCUUAAACGCAAGAUCUGCAAUAAACCCUUUAAGUUUGAUGCUAUCUCUGUUACCGAUGUAUACAAAUCCGAGCCAUGGGAUCUCCCAGACAAGUCGAAGCUGAAAAGUAGAGACUUGGAGUGGUACUUCUUCAGUAGAGCUCCUCGUGGCGAAAGAACCAAUUGGGUUAUGCAUGAGUAUCGCUUGGUUGAUCAAGACCUUGAUAAAACUGGUGUUCACCAAGAUGCUUUUGUGCUUUGUAGGAUUUUUCAAAAGAGUGGGUCGGGACCUAAAAAUGGAGAGCAGUACGGUGCUCCGUUUGUUGAGGAAGAGUGGGAGGAGGAGGAUGAUAUGACAUUUGUACCUGAUCAAGAAGAUCUUGGAAGUGAAGAUCAUGUUUAUAUCAAUAUGGAUGACAUUGAUCAGAAGUCUGAAAACCUUGUGGUCUAUGAUGCCAUUCCUAUCCCGUUAAACUUUAUUCACGGGGAGUCGAGCAAUAAUGUUGAAACAAACUACUCAGACUCCGUAAACUAUAUACAACCUGGAAACUAUGUGGACUCUGGUGGCUACUUUGAGCAACCAGCAGAAUCUUAUGAGAAUGAUCAGAAGCCUAUUGUCCGUGAUGGUAACCUUCAAAAUGGAGAAAUUGGGUGUGGUGUCCAGGACGAGCACACGGAAAAUUUGCAAUCUUCUGACAACAUCUUUGGGACUGAUACAUCAUGCUACAAUGAUUUUCCAGUUGAGAGCAACUACUUGACCGGUGAGGCGUUUAUGGAUCCGAACAUUAAUCUUAUGCAGAAUGAUGGUCUGUACCUGGAAACAAAUGAUCUCAGCAGUACCCAGCAAGAUGGUUUCGACUUUGAAGAUUAUCUUACCUUCUUUGAUGAGGACGAUGAGAAUGCACAAAACUUGACUUUUGAUCCUUCUCAACUGAUGGGAAAUGAAGAUAUUUUUGUCGAUCAAGAAGAGCUCUUUCAAGAGGUCGAGACUAAGGAACUAAAGAAAGAGGAGACGUCAGGAAGCAAACAUGUGGUGGAAGAAAAGGAAAAGGAUGAGGCAUCUUGCUCAAAACAAGUUGAUGCAGAUGCAACAGAGUUUGAGCCAGAUUACAAGUACCCGUUCCUCAAGAAGGCAAGCCACAUGUUGGGUGCUAUUCCCGCUCCGCCAGCAUUUGCUUCUGAGUUCCCGACAAAGGAUGCAUCUAUCCGGUUACACGCAGCACAAUCAUCAGGUUCGGUUCAUGUAACCGCAGGUAUGAUCACAAUAUCAGACAGAAACACGGUGGGCUGGUCAUACGGCAAAAAUGAGAACCUUGACUUGAUCCUUUCUUUGGGGUUGGUCCAAGGGAAUACUUCCUCCGAGAAAUCAGGAGAUAGUUCAGCAUGGGCAAUGUUAAUCUUCAUGUGUCUAUGGGUCCUCGUACUCUCAGUUAGUUUCAAAGUGAGCAUUUUGGUCUCUUCCAGGUGAUAGGUACCCCUUUCUUUUUCAAACAAAACUUUUGUGUUUGUACAUUGAUAUAGAUUUACUUGCAGUGUUCUGCUACUCAAUGUUUUAUCAUCUAAUUCUAUUGAAUAAAUCUCAUUUUAUAUC